AUGAUUAAUAGGAAUCUUUUUGACAUUUCGUUUGUUCUGGCCUAUUGUUUUACAGUCAUUAGAGCAAACACAGUUUCAGACGUUAAUACCCUGCAUACUGACUUACUGAAAGGGUACAACAAAGAUAUAAGACCUCCAAUAGACCAGACCACCACACUAGUAAAUGCAUCAUUUAGCUUAGUCAGCAUCAGAGAUUUUGACGAGGUGAGCGGGAAAUUUGCCGUAACUGGCGUAUUUAUUGGUGUAUGGUUAGACGACAGACUAUCAUGGAAUCCAAUGGACUAUAACAUGACUUUCACGACAACAAUUCCACAAGAUAAAAUAUGGAAACCAACAAUAUUUCUUGCAAAUGUGAUUGAUUCAUUGAAAAGUAUUGGACACGAUUUCGUAUCGAUCCGACUAUAUUACUAUGGAUUAGCAGUAUGGACACCCCCUGAUGUAAUCGAAACGUCCUGUCAGGUGGAUGUAACAUACUUCCCGUACGAUCAACAGACAUGUACACUUCAGUUUGUAUCAUACGGUUCUCUGGCUACAGAGGUUCUUAUGAAUUCUGCAAUGAAUGAAGCAAUUACACCAUAUUACACUGAACAUGGAACGUGGGAUUUGGAAAAAACAGCGACUUCAAGUUAUGCCUUUGAUUCUGGUUCUAUGUUUGAAGUUCAUAUCACAAUUAAUAGAAGACCGCAGUUUUUCUUGGUAAAUUUAAUUUUUCCAGUUAUCUUCUUAACAUUGCUUAACUCAUUCGUUUUUCUGCUUCCUGCAGAAUCAGGGGAGAGGAUAUCAUAUGCUAUUACUGUGUUACUUGCUUUAGCGGUAUUCAUGACAAUGAUUUCUAAUUAUUUGCCAAAAACAUCUCAAACAAUGGCAAGACUUUGCUAUUUUCUAAUUGGAGAUUUGGUUCUUAGUUCCGUUAUAUGCAUUCUAACAAUUUUCCAACUGAGGAUAUUCUACAAAAGCGACCAAAUGUACCCUGUUCCACUUUUUCUGAAAAACAUUGUAACGAUUUUCAAAUACAAAAAAAGGAUUCAUCAUGUUCAUCCAAAAAUAUCAGAAGGCGAUGCACACAACCAUAAAAUGAAUCAGGAAGUUGGCAAACAAUGUGAUUCAAAUAAUCAAGAUGUCACUUGGAGAGAUAUUGCUAAGUUCUUUGACGUUGUCAGUUUGUUUGGAAGUCUGCUAUUUCAGAUUGUUAUGUUAAUUGUAUUUUUCUGUGUUAUUUCGUGAUGGGGUUACUUUUAUGAUAUAAAAAGUAGAUAUGGUAUAAUUGCCAAUGAGACAA